AUAACGGAUAUAACACAAAAGGGUAGAAAGAGAAGAGGGAAGUGAAUUUUAUCUCAUCAAAUUCAAUUCAAUGGCGCCAGCUUCAUUGCCUCUGAAUUUGAAUUUGAAGUUAAGGAGUCAACUCCAAACCAACAAGGUCGCGGAGCUGCCGGAGAAGACUCGCAACUCGAGAGUGUUAGUCCUCGGCGGAACGGGUCGAGUCGGAGGAUCCACCGCCAUUGCCCUCUCCAACCUCUGUCCCGACCUUCGAAUCGUCGUCGCCGGCCGAAACAGAGAAAAAGGUGAAGCUAUGGUUGCAAAACUUGGCGGCAAUUCAGGUUUUGCUCAUGUUGACAUCGACGACGUCAAUUCUCUGGAAACUGCAUUGAAAAGUGUGGAUCUCGUAGUCCAUGCCGCUGGACCUUUCCAACAGGCAGAAAGGUGCAGUGUUCUUGAAGCUGCCAUAAAAACCAAGACUGCAUAUCUUGAUGUUUGUGAUGACACAACCUAUGCAUGGCGUGCAAAAUCCUUUAUGAGUAGGGCUUUAGCUGCAAAUGUUCCAGCUAUAACUACCGGUGGAAUAUACCCUGGAGUGAGCAAUGUCAUGGCAGCAGAGCUAGUCCGUGCUGCAGAAAGUGAAAGUAAAGAUAAGCCAGAGAGGCUAAGAUUCUACUACUACACAGCUGGAACUGGUGGUGCUGGUCCAACCAUAUUAGCUACAAGCUUCUUGCUGUUGGGAGAGGAAGUAGUUGCAUACAACAAAGGAGAAAAGAUCAAACUGAAUCCAUACAGUGGAAUGCUCAACGUUGACUUUGGAAAAGGGAUUGGCAAAAGAGAUGUUUAUCUAUUGAAUUUACCAGAGGUUAGAAGUGCUCAUGAGAUUCUUGGAGUGCCAACUGUAAGUGCUCGAUUUGGAACAGCUCCAUUUUUCUGGAAUUGGGGAAUGGAAGCUAUGACAAAACUUCUUCCUUCGGAAUUUCUAAGAGACAGAAAUAGAGUCGGAAGGCUGGUUGAGUUGUUUGAUCCUGUUGUUCGAGCAAUUGAUGGGAUUGCUGGAGAACGUGUAUCAAUGAGGGUUGAAUUGGAGUGUUCAAGUGGCCGCAACACCGUUGGCAUAUUCAGUCAUAGAAGACUUUCGGUAUGUGUAGGAAUUGCAACGGCUGCAUUUGCACUUGCAAUUCUUGAAGGAAGCACGCAGCCUGGGGUUUGGUUUCCUGAAGAGGUUUUUCCUUUGUGCUAUAACUAUUUCAUCGAAUUCUACAUGCAGCCUGAAGGACUUCCAAUUGAAGCAAGAGAAGUUCUUCUCAUGCGUGCUAGGCAGGGAACGAUUAACUUUGUAAUGAACAAGUCACCAUGGAUGAUUGAAACAGAUCCAAAGGAGCUUGGAUUAGGAAUAUAUGUAUGAGUCUUCCCAUACAAAAACCAAAGUGAAAUUCAAUAAAAUUCUUCCUGUUGUACACUGCAAUGCCGUAAGUGUAUUAGUUCUUGAGAGAGCAUUCUUUUCUAUCCAUGUAUGGGAUUAGUGGAUGAGAUGUCCAGAAGAGCAAGGCGCACUGCCUCUCUAUUUGGAUUUGCUAAAUGAAAAUGAGCUAU